AUGGCUCACCACCAGCUUCCGGACUUCGAAGAAGGCAAAGAUAAGUGGACGCCAUACCUUAUUAAAGUCGAAGCAUACUUCGAAGCGAAUGCCAUUGAAGACUCGACUAAGAAAAGAGCAUUGCUGGUGGCUGCCUUAAGCACGCACACGAUACAAGUACUGGCAGGGAAGGUGGCUCCACGCAAGCCGAAUGCGCUGACUUAUGAAGAAGUCGUGGCAGUGUUGAGUGAGCACUACGAUCCCAAGCGACAUGAAAUCACAGAAAGUUACAAAUUUUUCAGUCGGUGUCAAGCGGAGGGGGAGCCCAUUAAUGAAUUUCUAGUCGACAUUCGCCGAAUCGCUGAUAAUUGCAAUUUUGGCAGUGCUUUAAAUCGCAUGCUACGAGAUCGCAUUGUGUGUGGUGUCCGGUCAAGGGCACUGCAGAAGCAGCUACUUGCGAAGCAGGAAUUAACAUUAGAAGACGCUGAAGCGAUGGUCCUCUCAGCUGAAGCUGCAGAUAGUGGCGUGAAAAACAUGAACGAAUCGGCCUUGACACCAGUGUUGAAAGUAGAAGCGUAUCAGCAGAAAACACCGCAAGACGAGAGGCGGAGUGCUACACGUCAAGAAUGUUCAAGGUGCGGUAGUGCAAAGCACAAUGAGACCUGUUGCACCUGGUCUAACGCUCGCUGUUAUCGCUGUGGAGGACGCGGUCACCUUGCAAGGAAAUGCCGAAGCCGCGGUGCUCGCGAGCAAGGAACAGCAAGGAGGGCACAAACCAACAUUCUCACGGGGACGGAAGGUUCGACAGACGACGAACACGAAGCAGCACACAUCUGGACCUUGGCCUCUGAACGGAAGAGCUGUCUGGUACCACCCAUUCGCCGGACGUUCUCUUGGUGUGGUGUGCAGCUUACCAUGGAAGUCGAUACUGGGUCGCCCGUUUGUGUCAUCCCACGUCAACUGUACGAGAAGCACCGCGACCAAUGGCCGAAACUGAGACCAUCCAGUGUGAAAUUAUCCUGCUACUCAGGACGACUGCCAGUGCUUGGGGAGCUUGCGCUCAGUGUUUCACAUAAGGGAGUGACGGUGGAGUGCGCGCUGACCGUGUUAGACUGUGCGGGACCAAGCCUCUGCGGUCGAGAUUUAAUUCAGCUGCUGAACGUCGCUGGUGUGCCGGUGGUUUGCGUUGCUGGAGUCUCGGAGCCCACUGAACAAACGGGCAAGUCCAGUGUGAACAGCAUAUUCAACGACUUCCACGACGUGUUUUCCGAGGAACUGGGGCUCAUCACAGGCCCUCCGGUCAGUCUGCACCUAAAGGAAGGCGCCGUACCUAAGUUCUGUCGGGAAUUUACCUUGGUGACUGACCACCAGCCGUUGCUGGGCCUGUUGAGGUCAGACAGACAGACGCCCACGAUGGCCGCUGCCCGGAUACAACGGUGGGCGCUUCAGCUGGGGGCCUACCGGUACCAGCUGCAGUACGCCCCAGGACGACAGAUGCUGAAUGCGGAUGCCCUAAGCCGACUGCCGCUGCAAACUACGGAAACUGACGACGACGCCCUUACAGGAUCAAAAGAAGACCAAGAGAACUGGCUGCCGCUACCAGGAAGUGACGUAUACGCCCGAAAUUAUGGUGCAGGGAGCAAAUGGACGCCUGGCAAUGUGAAGGCGACGUCGGGAGCGAGAAUGGUGACCGUGGACACUUCAGACGGGGUCGUCCAACGGCAUGUAGAUCAACUUCGCCCGCGACAGGACUCGCGAAGUGAUCAGACACCAAUAACAACUGCCACAAGUUGCAGCGAGCAAGACCAAGCAACAGAACGAUCGCCUCCGGUAGCGGGAAGCACGGAGGAUGGCCUGUCUUCUGGGUUCCUCCCUAAUGAUGCUGGUUCUGCACAACGUGCAUCACCAAAGAUCACGGCGGUCCCGAUGAAUACCGGUGUCGCCCCACAAGCCCUCAGGCGUUCUACAAGAGAACGCAAGCCAGUACAACGCUUUCACUUCUAAGGGGGAAGGAAUGUUGUGUCUUCACGUGGUCUGUGUGUGUGUGUGUGUGCGUGCGCGCGCACCUGUGACGCAUCAGCUGGCCGCCUGCACCACAUCGGACUAUUGCAACUACCACGUGUGCAUCUUUAUCUGUCUACACUGUGCUGCCUAUAAAUACGUUCUACACUUUUCAAUAAACGUUCUUUUCAUUCUGCUGACUACGUUGAUACAUUGCUG